CUCCAACCCGCUGCUCCAUCCAUUUGAAAUGAUUCUCGACGAAUUCUGAAUUAUUAUCUGACUGUUGUUUGAAUUCGAACCCAUCAAAAAACAAUGGCUCUAUCACCAUUACUGCAACAAUACGUCUCCAAGAUCCCCAUCAUCUCCGUCACAUUCAUCAUCAUCACAAUCGCCGCCGCGUUGCUGAUACCUGUACUAAUCCGUUACAAAAACUCUGCUGCAACAACAAGCAGCAGCAGAUCACGUCGUCGACCGCCGCCGCCAGGGCCGUGGAAGCUGCCGGUGCUCGGCAACCUCCACCAGCUUGUCUCCGACCUGCCGCACCACCGCCUCCGCGACCUGGCCCAGACCCACGGCCCGGACGUGAUGGGCCUCCAGCUCGGGGAGCUCUCCUACAUCGUGGUCUCGAGCCCAGAGGCCGCCAGGGAAGUGCUGAAGGCCCACGACCUCAACUUCGCGACCCGGCCCUGGCUGCUGGUGUCGGAGAUCGUGUUCUACGGCGCGCAGAACAUCGGCCUGGCGCCCUACGGCGAGCACUGGCGGCAGAUGCGCAAGAUCUGCGUCAUGGAGCUUCUGAGCUCCAAGAGGGUUUCAUCCUUCCGGCCAAUUAGGGAAUCGGAGGUCUCCAAGCUGGCCGCCGCCGUCUACGGCGGAGUUGGGGGAAGCGUUGACCUAGGCGGGCUCGUGGCGGCGGCGACGAGUGGGAUUACUUUCAGGGCGGCGUUUGGGAUGGCGAAGGAGACGAUGAGUAAAGAAGCUACCUUCUCGGGUUUGAUUGAGGAUAUUGUGGUUGCUACGGGAGGUUUGAGAGUGACGGAUGUUUACCCUUCUCUGAAAUUUCUGCCGUAUUUGACUGGGUAUAGAUCUCAUCUCACCAGAAUGCAUCUUGCUACUGAUGCUUUGCUUCAAGAAAUCGUUGAUGAACACAAAGUUCGACGAGAUCGAGGUGGAAGAAGCGGUGAAGGUGCUGCUGAUGAUCUGGUGGAUGUUCUUCUUAAUCUUCAGGAGGAUGAAAGCCAUGAGUUGGAGAUCCCCUUGACUACAGAGGCAAUCAAAGCAGUCAUUUUGGAUAUAUUCUUGGCUGGGAUUGAGACGAGCUCGACAACAGUGGAGUGGACCAUGUCGGAAUUGAUGAGAAGUCCGGAUGUUAUGCGAAGAGUACAAGAAGAGGUGCGGCGAACGAUUGGUGGUGAGAAGAAUGUGGACGAAGAGUGUCUUCACGAUCUGACUUAUUUGGAUCUGGUUAUUCAGGAGAGUUUGAGAUUGCACCCUCCGCUUCCUCUGCUUCUUCCGAGAGUAGCUCGGGACAGGGUUGAGAUCAUGGGAUACGAGAUUCCUGUCGGAACUAAAGUGAUCAUCAAUGCGUGGGCUAUUGGGCGAGAUUCUCGUUGUUGGCAAGAGGCUGAUGAAUUUAAGCCUGAACGAUUCCUCAACCGUGCGAGUGAUUUCGAAUCAAUCCCUUUUGGUUCUGGAAGAAGAAUGUGUCCGGGAAUGUCGUCCGGAUUGGCUGUUGUGAAGCUUGUAUUGGCGAAGCUGCUCUAUCAUUUUGACUGGCAGCUUCCUGUUGGAAUCACCCCCGAAACUCUUGACAUGACUGAGCGUUUCGGCUCCGGGGUCAGAAGAAAGCAUAGCUUGCACUUGAUACCAAUAGCACACGACAUUGCAAUGCUGUGAAAGGAUGAGAAGAUUGAGAAAUGCUUGCCCCAGAAAGAUUGAGCUUCAAGUUCAUUCUCCUCUUUUCAUGUCCUUUUAAUAAUGUUGUGCCCCUAAGAUUUCAAUCAGGCCUUGUUAUCUGUUAAGAUCGUACUUCAUGAUCCAAUUCUUAUUACUCCCUCGGUUUUCCUCUCUUGCUUUGGGUUUUUAUCGGCAAUGACUCAACCUGUGACUUGCUGUAUAUUUGUAUAGUUCUCAAGCUCUUCCGAGAAAAGGAUAAUGGCAUUAAGGGCAAGGAAAACAGGGGAAGAAACUGUUGUAACCUACAGAACAGAGGACUCUUCUCAAAACCAAGAACGUGAAAGAGAAAAUAGCAGAAGAAAGCAGUGAUGGAGCUAACAAGCUACAUGUGUAAAGCUAAACAAAGAUGUUCCAAUUAGCAGAGAUUACAUUACACGAGAUGCAGUAUUCAAACUGUAAUGGAACAACUACAAGAGGCCUAGAACUUAAUGACUAUGCAAGAAAUAUCAUCCGAGCUGUUCCGAUUGAGUGCCUCGUCGGUGAGCCGCUUCGCUGCUGCACGAGCGUCCUUCACGUCCUUGAUAGCAUCCACCGCUUCCUGGUUCGACAUUACCUAUACAGCCAGCAACAUGUAUAAUGCCAGUGCGAUCAAUUCGCGGUACUAGUAAUGGUGCCAAUCAAACGAAGAACAUAGAUAGACGGUACUACAAGUCUACAACCUUCCACAGGCCGUCACUGGCUAGUAUAAUGCAAUCGGUGUCUUCAUCAUCGACCAUUUCGACCACGACGUCUGGGUCUGAGCUCAGGUGCUGCUUCAAACUCUUGUCCCCAAAUGCUCUAGCCACGGCCAAUUGCCCAUCCACUCUUGCAACAUCCCCUGCAACAAACAAUGUCGA